AUGAAAGAAAUCAACCAGGCUUAUGAGAUUUUAAGUAAUCCAGAAAAACGUCAGAAUUAUGACCGUUACGGCACUGCCGAAGGUUUUGCUCAGGGUCCGCCCGAAGGCGGAUUUGGCCAGGGGGAAGAUUUUUUUAAAGACAUUUUUGACACUUUUUUUGGCAGAAGAGAUGAUUACGCGAGUCGGGGAACCCAUACUGGAGAUAGAACCCGUCCUCAGGCCGCGAAUGAUAUUUUAAUCAAUAUCACCUUAACUUUCAAAGAGUCAGUAUUAGGAGUCAAAAAAAAAGUAAGUUUGGAGUUAGAAAGGGCUUGUAAUGCUUGUCAGCAAACAGGAGCAGCCUCGCGCAGUGAUAUUGGAGAAUGCCCGACCUGUCAAGGUCGAGGAGUAGUUAAUACUAUUCAGAGAACAGUUUUAGGAGCAAUCCGCACUCAAAUUACCUGUUCUCGUUGUCAAGGAGAAGGAAAGAUAAUUAAAAAAAAAUGUCGAGAGUGUGGUGGAAAAAAGUUCGUGACUCAGAAAGAAACUAUUGAAUUUAGUAUUCCGCGCGGUAUUCAACCAGACAAAAAACUACGCUAUCAAGGAAUAGGUAAUGAUGGCUGA